AUGAAAAGUUUCUACUGGGUAUUUCUGGCAUUUCUGGCUGUACAUUUGGUAAAUUCAGCUCCGAUUCAAAGUGAAAACAAGAAUGGUAAGUGUUUGUUGAGAUGCUCCAACUGAAAAAAAUAUUUAAAAACAUAUUUUUGGUUAUAACUAUACUCAACAUAUAGUUUAUCACGUGUAUUUUAGAUAACAAAACUGCCGAAAUAACGAAAAAGGACGAUACAGAUAAGGUAAGCAGUUAUUUUUUUAAUUAUUUCGUAUUUAGGUAAAGGAAAAUGUAGAUAAAGUGAAGGAUGUGGCAGAACCUGUGAAAGAAAAGAUUGUAAAUGAAGUCAAAUCUGAACCGAAACCUUCUUCUGAUCUUAAAUUAGCAAAUAGUCAGACAACUAAAGCAGACGACGUUCCUACUGGCGAUAAAAAUUAUGUUUCAACUACGGCUAAGAUGUCAACCAAGGUAGAAAGCAAGGAUACGACGCUGGAAAGAGCAAAGUCAGUCAAGGUUGAUGAAACAACCAAGAAAGAUGCUACUGUGAAAGACAAGGCAGCAAAAGCAGCAGGUGAUGGCAAAGUGACUAAGAAAGCGGCAAAAAAGGUUAAGGUAACAAUUGAUAGAUGGUUAAUGUUAACAUUGGUUUUUUUGUGUGUUUAGGGGACAGAAACUGAUGUUCUGAUAUUUUAUUAGUUAAAGAAGAUUAUGUUGAACAUUUUUUUAUGGACAGCAUUUAUCUUACACUGCAAAAAUUAACAGCACGAACUUUUAAGUAUUGAUAUUCUAUAUUAUUUACGAUUCAGGGAGAGGAAGAACAGAAAGAUUUGCCAAAUCAUGAAGAAGAAGUAGAAUAUAAGCAGCCUCAUGACAAGUAUGAUGACAUACCUGACCAUGUGUUUGUUAAUCGUGAGCAUGGAUCGUCUUUCUUCAACUACUUGGUGAUAUUGGUGGUAUUGGGCGCUAUUGGCUAUGUUUAUCGAAAAAAGAUCUUUAGUAAGUUAAUUAUUAUUUUAUUUUAAAUUAACGUAAAUGUGUUAUUGUAAACUGGCAUACUCCGUGAUGUUAUGCUGUUCUUUGCUUAAAAAUCGUAUUUUAGACCACUCUUUUUGAUAUAAAAUAUAGAUAUACAUUAUUUUAGCAAUGAUAGCAGGAAGCCGAAGAUCUACAAGACGUAACGUACGAUAUCGCAAAUUAUCGACCGGUGAAACCGAUUCAACUUUCGACUAG